AUGUUCGGCGCAACUCGUAUUUCGCAUCAUUUUCGAGAUUGUGAACUCCAUUUUCACUACUUCGGUCUUGGCUUCAGAUUUCACACUUUCCAUCUUUCUCUCCCUCCACGCCCUACAAAAUCUUGUUUCCUCAGUAACGGCAUCGCCACCACUUCCGGUGGCAACCGGAGCAUAAUCCCGUCGAACAAAUGCUACUCCGGUACUCCAUCUAAGUCUUCCGGAGAAAUUCCACUCCUAUUCGAUUGUUUCAGCCAACAAGAAGAUGAACGUGAAAUUCUCUCUGAUGGAGUAUCUGCAGUUGCAGGUGGAGUUGUAGCGUUGGGAAAGUUUGAUGCUCUGCACAUAGGUCAUCGAGAACUUGCAAUUCAAGCAUCAAGGGCUGGACCUCCGUUUCUUUUAUCAUUUGUUGGCAUGGCAAAGGUCCUUGGUUGGGAACAUAGAGCUCCAAUAGUUGCUAAAUGUGACCGAAAGCGCGUUCUUUCAUCUUGGAUUCCAUAUUGUGGUAACAUGGUCCCAGAAGAGUUUCAGAUAGAGUUUUCAAGCGUGAGGCAUCUCAGUCCACAGCAAUUUGUUGAGAAGUUAUCAAAAGAACUUAAAGUGCGUGGAGUUGUUGCCGGCGAGAACUACCGAUUUGGAUAUAAAGCUGCUGGAGAUGCAUUAGAGUUGGUAAAGCUGUGUGAGGAGUAUGGAAUGGAAGCUUACAUAAUAAAAUCUGUUAUGGACAAGAACCAAUACUCUGCAAAUAUAAAUUCCAGUACUAGCUCCAAAGAGAGGGGACAAGUCUCGUCCACUCGUGUCCGUGAGGCCCUUGCUGUAGGAGACGUGAGGUAUGUCUCAGAGCUUUUAGGUAGACAACAUCGUCUUGUAUUACUGGCCAACGACCGAGAAAAGUUCAGGUUUAGCCAAUAUAAGGUGUCUGCUCCUAAAUCAUGCUUAAUGAAUCUAGCACCGAAGGAAGGUUUAUAUGAGAAGUGUUCACUUUUACUUGGUCAAGAAAAUGUUAUGCUAUGUAGGAUAAUUAUUGACAGCAAGUUUGUGCAUAUAGAAACAGAUUGCGGAGGUCAGAGUGAUAUUUUUGGUACUCACAAUUUGCAGUACUUGCAUAUUGAAUUUGGUGAUUCAAGCACUUGA